GUACUAUUCGAUCCAUUAAAAAGGCGGGCAACUUGGUUUUCCUCAGACCUGAUAUAGAAUGAAUUCUGGCGCAAAAUGUCACUCAUCAUGUCUUGUUGCUUACAAUGAAUUGAAAAUGAUGAAAAAACAUCGUUAUAUUUUGUUUCACAUCGACGAAGGGGAAGUCCGCAUUCUGAAAGAAGCUGAGAGAGCGGCAACGUACCAAGAUUUCAGAGACGAUAUGAUUGAUGCGAUGAAAUCGGAACAGGGUCGGUACGUUGUAUAUGACUAUGAAUAUCCCAAUAAAUCUGCAGAACUGUUUUUUAUUAUGUGGACCCCGAGAAACUUAAGCCCUUGGAAAAAUAUGGUGUAUGCGUCCUCAAAGUGUGCUGUAAAGUCUCAGUUCCAAGGGAUCAAAUAUUUCUUGGAAGCACAUGACCUAGAAGAUAUUAGUGAAGAGCGUUUUAUUGAGGUGGGGAAACAGAAUAGGUUGUGCUAGGUUAAUGGAAUUUUAAUCUGGAUCAUUUGUACGGACCGCAUCCCCUAACUGGAUUUUAUUUGUUUUUUUUUCUAAUUAUGCAACUCAUUCAAUGUAUUUGAUUUUCAGUUUUGGCUCACACUUUGUAUUUCCAUAGUCUCUGACCAGACUGUUAUGUGAACGAUCUAUUAAGUGUUUCAUCUUCAAUCACUUGUCAAUAAAACUUUGGAAGGUGUA